UGUCUCUAUAUUGAACAGGUUCCUGCGGGCGACCACGUAUCAUUAUCAUGGUUUUGUCGUGCAGCAUCUCUGUGCGGUGGUGAUAAGCGUCUCGAAGCUUCAUCCUUUGGACCCCAGCCGGCACCAGCAUCCCUCAUAAGCCGCAAAAUCCUAACAAGAAGGAAUUUGCUUGUGCGGGAUAGCUCAGGUCAUCUUCACACCCUCUCAUCCCGCUGCCACACCUUAGCCCGGGGACGGCGAACCGUCGACAGCGCAGACCGAAGGCCCGAAAGACACCAAAGAUGGGCCGCACCGUAACAAUGCGGAAUUCCGCGAUUCGUGCCCUGGCCCUUGUGUGCGGCUUCACCUCGCUGGCAGACACCCUGCUGGUCGCGCCUGGGUCGCCCUGUGCGUCCGUGUGCGGCAACGAGCUGUCGUCGACAUCGCCCGACGAGAUAGUCUGCAACGACUCCGGCUACAAGACGACCACCGCCGGCUCCGUCUGGCAGCAAUGUAUCACUUGCCAGCUCACCAGCGCCUACUACACCCAAAAGAACAACAAGAACGACACCGACCUCAACUCGCUGCUAUACAACCUCCGCUUCAAUGUAGAUGAAUGCCUCUUCAAAGGCGGCUUCGAAGAGGUCGGACCAUGUAUCACAUCCACUGCAUGCGGACCGCUCCUGGAUGCUGUCGAGUACGGCAACUUCACCACGAGCGUCGGCACCUAUGACUACUGUAAAAAUUGGGAGAUGUUCCAGGAGCCCAAAUGUACGGGAUGCCUCCAGCCUUCCGGCUUUUAUCUGUACAACUAUGUCACGGUGCUCGAGGCAGCCUGCGAGCAACAGCCUCCCGCCGGCACUGUUCUCUCCCUCCAGGGCGGCCUCUUCAGUAACCAGCCCGUGGUCAUCACGACCCCGGCUCCAACCUACAGCAUGGCGCCCGCCCCCGACUUUGGGCCCGUGUCUCUCGGCGCCCGCGUCGGCAUCGCCUUUGGCGCCCUGGCCUUUAUCCUCGCCCUGCUCGGAUGCUGUGUCGUUUGCAACGGCAAGCGCCGGCGCCGCGCCUUUCUGCGCGAACUGGAAAAGCGCCACGCCCAACAGGGUUGGCCGAACCCCAACAACCAGUUCGCAACCGUCGGCGGUGCCGGCGGCGAGAUGUUUGAGACUCCUGUCAGCCAAAAGGCUCUGCGCAACUGGGACGAGAGCCCCAUCAGCGCGGGUACCGAGCGGACACUGCCCCGCUACUUCAGCCCGUACCAGAGCCAGUACAGCAGCCCGAUCAGCGCCGGCGACGGCGGCCCCAGCGCCGCGGCCAACGCGAACUGGCCGGCAUUAUCGCCGCAACACCUCACCCAGCUCAUGCAGGAGCAGCAGCAGCAGCAGCAGCAGAUGUCGGCGCACGGGACGCCGCCGCCGUCAUUCUCCCAGUGGCCCAACACGGCCCAGGAGAAGCUCAUGAUACAGAUGCAGCACCACGAGAGGCGGCAGAACGAGAUCGCAAUCGGCAUCGCCCUCGGCGGCGACGAGGCCAGCCUGCGGUCCAAGCCGUCCAACAACAGCAUCAACAACAGCAACGGCUACCCGAUCGAAAACAAGGGCAAGGACCGCGACGAGAUGUACGAGAUGACCGCAGUCGAGAGCCCGUACAACGGCAGCAGCGACACCGACCGCUACAGGAUGCCCGCCGCGCCCGAUACCCCCGUGCUCCACCACCCCGGCUACGGGAGGCAGCACGGCUCGCGGCCCGGCACCGGCAGCUCGGGCGGGAGGAACAUUUCUAGAAGCGGCAGCGCGUUAUAACACGACUCCAAGGAGCUGUGUGCCCUCGUCUUUAAGCGGCAGUCCUGA